GGGCUGCGCACAGCGGCCAGGGCAAGGGGGCGGUGGCGCACAAUGGCGCAAGGCGGCGGCUACCGCAAGAUGGUUUUCACGUGGUCCUUCGACAGCGGCCACACGACUGUGCCGCUGGAACCUCCUCCUGCUGCCAGGGCUCCCACGCCACCCCAAAAGCUGGCGCAGCAGAGGCUUCUGAUCAAGGGGGGGAAAGUUGUGAAUGAUGACCUUUCUGUGGAGGCCGACGUGUAUGUGGAAGAUGGAGUGGUGCAGCAAGUGGGACCAAACCUAAACCCUGAGCCACUGACUGGACUCAUUGUGCUGGAUGCAACCAACAGGCUGGUGAUCCCUGGAGGCAUCGAUACCCAUACACACAUGCAGUUCCCUUUUAUGGGCAGCAGGUCAAAAGAUGACUUCUAUUCAGGAACCAAGGCUGCUGUAGCAGGAGGAACCACUAUGAUCAUUGACUUUGCCAUCCCUCACAAAGGCUGUUCUCUGAUCAAAGCCUUUGACACAUGGAAAAGCUGGGCAGACCCUAAAGUCUGCUGUGAUUAUUCCCUGCAUGUGGCAGUUACGUGGUGGAGCAGUAAGGUAAAGGAAGAAAUGAAAACUCUUGUUCAAAACAAAGGCGUCAACUCCUUCAAGAUGUUUAUGGCCUAUAAAGAUAUAUAUAUGCUCAAUGAUGAGGAGUUAUAUGAAGCUUUUUGCUGCUGUAAGGAACUCGGAACAGUUGCUCAAGUCCAUGCAGAAAAUGGGGAGCUAAUUGCACAGGGCACAAAGAAGAUGCUGGCAAUGGGAAUAACUGGCCCUGAGGGGCAUGCACUGUCUCGUCCUGAAGAAGUGGAAGCUGAAGCUACACAAAGAGCAAUUUCUAUAGCAAAUGCUGUAAACUGCCCCCUUUUUGUAGUCCACGUAAUGAGUAAAUCUGCAGGAAAAUUGAUAAGUAAUGCACGAAGAGAAGGAAAGGUGGUUUAUGGGGAGCCUAUUGCUGCUAGUCUUGGCACCGAUGGCACCAACUACUGGAAUGAAGACUGGGCUCAUGCUGCAGCAUAUGUCAUGGGACCUCCACUGAGACCAGAUCCAUCUACUCCUGGUUUCCUCAUGAACUUACUGGCCAAUGAUGACCUAUCUGUGACAGGGACUGACAACUGCACCUUUGACACAUGCCAAAAAGCUCAGGGGAAGGACGACUUCACAAAAAUCCCUAAUGGAGUGAAUGGUGUGGAAGAUAGGAUGUCAGUCAUAUGGGAAAAAGGCGUUCACAGUGGAAAAAUGGAUGAAAACAGAUUUGUAGCUGUUACCAGCACAAAUGCAGCAAAAAUUUUUAACCUGUACCCAAAGAAGGGGAGAAUUGCUGUGGGUUCUGAUGCUGACAUCGUCAUUUGGGAUCCCAAAGCUUCAAGGACAAUAUCUGCAAAGACACAUCAUCAGGCCAACAACUUCAAUAUAUUUGAAGGAAUGGUCUGCCAUGGAGUCCCAGUUGCAACAGUUUCAAGAGGCAAAGUAGUUUAUGAAGGUGGAGCUUUCAAUGUCACAGCAGGAGAUGGAAAAUAUGUCUCCCGUCCACCAUUCCCUCCAUAUGUCUACGAGCGAAUCAGGCAGCGGGAGCAGGUCUGUCAGCCUGUUCCUGUUAAGAGAGCACCUUAUACAGGCAUAGUCUCAGAAACAUGGGUCACACAGAACCAGUAGGCUCAUUCUCCAGUUGUGGCUCUUGCAGAUAAAAGCAAAUGAAAAUGACACUGCUGUCCCCACCAAAGAAGUGCAUUUUGGUUCCAACAAUCAAUCUACAAUCAACUUCUCAAGAGCCAAUAUGAAAGAACAGCAACCAAUAAACAUUAUACUGGGCUUAUUGCAUGAAAGUUGUCAUUGCAGUUUCCCUUUAAAAGGAAAUUUGUUGUAAGAAUUGGAAAAUUCUUUUUAAAAAAUGGAGUAAUAACUACAAUUAUAAUGUGGUAACAGUUCUGUAGGUUCUUAGAAGUAGGUAAGUUUGGGGAUGAUAUUGCUUAAUAUUCAUCUUUAGAAGGUAUCAGCUAACCUAUAAAGUGAAAGCAAUGCAAUGGCCUUUAAGCACAUUUUCUACAUUCUUGCUCUGUUAGAUCACAGGAGAUGAAUCCUAAUUCUCUAAUUUCACGUGUUAGAAAGAUCUCUCUUGUGCUUAGCAAUGCAGAGAAUUCUGAUAGAGAUGCUGAAUUUGAUUUUUUGUUUUUCCCUUCUGGAACAGGUUAGGACAGAAAAGUGCUGAUUCAGAAGAGUUGCCACUAUUUUAGAGCUGCCGCUACAUGUCCAGAUCCUUGUCUUUAAGGGAGUAUAUACAUUUUGUCUCUGCACAGCCAAGCAUUUUUUGGUUUGCUCAAGCAUUUUGUUUGCUACGCCCUAGGCAAAGCUGUGCUAACCGUACUGGUGAAUUCACCUACAAUACUGUUUGGGGUUCUGGUGUUAUGGAGAGACAUAACCCACAACUUAAAAGUCUUAUGAAGUGGGAACACCAGAGCACAAACAUAAUGUAUUGAUUUCAAAAACAUAUUUUUUUUUUUACUGAAAAAUGUGAGGUUUUUCCCAAUGUAGCUAAUACUUUGGAUUGUGUAGAAUAGAAUUCCUGAUUAAAAAAAAAUCUCAAUUGCUCUAUUUAUUUGAUUUCCCAUUUGAGAGGUAAUUGUAUUCUUAGAAGCAUGAUUCUGUUACUGCUACCAUGUCUAGACAGAUUUUACCUUGGAAACCUAUGAUGUUUUUUAAAGUUGCAUUGUCACAUAUGAUAGCCCUUCUUUUUAAGCAACUGUUUAGAAAUGAAGCCAACACAAAAAUGCCCAUUCAGUGAGUUCAUAGUUCUAUGUGUAGAAAUAGUAUAACCUGCUUUUCUGUGCAACCCCUGGGCCAAACAGGUACAGAAAGACUUUCAUAUUAUAAGACAGAUACAGAAAGCAUGUAAUAAUUACUGUUUUCAUUUGUAGUGGAAAGCAGAUUUAUGGUUCCUGCUAUAUUCAUAGGCAUACAGUGAUGUAUGAGCUUGUACGAGAAACAAGCUCCUACUAAGUCUGUAAUUCUUAUGUCUCUAAAUCGCAGAGUAGAAUUUUCUUUGUAAGAUGAUGGAGGGUAAUAAUGGGGAUGUUCAGAAAGAGCUAGCACAGGCUUCCAUUUCUCAGGUUGUCUUUGGGGCAGCAGGGUAGCAAAAAGAGUCAUCCAGCACUAUUACAAUGACUAUUACAAGGGAGUGGAGUUCAGUGUUGACUUCUGUAAUGGUCUGCAUCUGAGUUUGUUGUCUAGUGUCCCUCUGCAAUCAGCAGAGAGUUCUUCUCUGCAAUCAGCAGAAUGUUCUUCUGGAACAUUAUUCAUCUCUGCAUCAAGAUCUAAACCAAGCUAGAUGAACCUGUCCACUGUUGUUCUUCAGGAUGAGAUGGGUAGUUUUCUUGCAAUGCCAGUUUGUCUCCAUUAACUACAAAGAGUGCGGCUAACUAUGAUGCAGAUGUCUACUCUGCAGCAGUCUUCUAUGUAGCUUGUCUUUGCUUCUCAGACCUGGAACUCUGUGGUAUGAAGAAUGCCUGUCUUAUGUUUUGUCUCAUCAAGAGUGUGUGACAAUCAUGAAUCCAUUCUUUUUAAUUAAUGUUUUGCUUUGUAGAAAAGCAGAAAUUUGGGAAGAGUAGGGGAAAAGUCAGGGAGGGGAAAAAAGACCUAUUUUUACUUUCAACAAUAUCUUAUAUUUGUAAUCUUUCAUCUGAGGCUUCAGGUUUUAGUAAUUGUUAGAUCCAUGCAAUUGCAUGAUGCACCUGUGAGACAAGUAAAGGUAGUUAGAAUAAAUUUACGGUUGUGAAAACUAUGGAUGGUUAAACCUCUGAAAUCACUCGAGUGAUGGAAAAUAUAUGUAGUUGCCUUAUGUUUAACAUCCAGUGCUGGGUUAAAUGAGGUGCUGAGGGCCAAAAUGAUUCAAUUAUGACAGAAAUGAAACUGAGGAAUAAAGACUGCCAGUCCUUUGGA